GAAGAAGAAGAAUAGCGUAACCAACGUCCAGUCUAGUGCAGAUACAAUAGAACUGAAUAGAUAGAUAAUAAUAUAACAAAAUAAUAGAAAUGUUUUGCACGAGUAGUCCCCAAAACCUUUAGGAGGUGGACGGCUGUAUUUUUAUUUGAACUAUGAGCGAGACACCUGCCAGCUAAAUGGACCUGACGUUAACCAUUCACUGUACUUUAUUCCUUUUAGCUAGCUUUUAGCCGAGCAAAGCUAACGUUAGCUAGCUAGCUCCGAGUAAAGCUAACGUUAGCUAGCUAGCUCCGAGUAAAGCUAACGUUAGCUAGCUAGCUCCGAGUAAAGCUAACGUUAGCUAGCUAGCUUUUAGCCGAGCAAAGCUAACGUUAGCUAGCAACCAUCCCAUUGGGCUAACAUUUACCAACUAACGACUGCUUUUUUUUACACUUUUAUUUAAAACUACCUAAAGCCCCGUCGGUCCUCCAUGGCGUCAUCAGAGGUCAGCAUGCAGGAAAUGAGCGACAUUGUGAUCGUCACCAUCCCAGAAACGACGGCGGAAGACCUCCCCUCGGUGGUAGAGGAGGACAAAGCAGUGCUGGUGACGGCAGAGCUGACUCCUGAACCCGGAGAGGAAAUCCUCACAGUGGCACCGGUGGAAGAAGCAGAAGCUGAGGCCAGCGGAGCAGACUCCCUGUCGAGGGAAGAGGCCGUCAUCGUAAAGUUAUCUGAGGAGGUGGAUGUGGAAGCUGACGUCUUCUACCCAAUCACCUGUGGAGACACCCGAGCCACGCUGGUCUGGAAGAAGUUUGUCUGCCCGGGGAUCAACGUCAAAUGUGUCCAGUUCAAUGAGCAGCUGAUCAGCCCGAAGGAGUUUGUGUGUUUAGCAGGGAAAUCCACUCUCAAGGACUGGAAGAGAGCCAUCCGCCUCAACGGCACCAUGCUCAGGAAGAUCAUGGACUCAGGCGAGCUGGACUUCUACCAACACACAAAGGUCUGCUCCAACACGUGCCGCAGCACUAAGAUCGUCCUGGUGGGAACCAAAGUGUCCGUCAGCAGCGACCAGUCUGCCGAUCUGGUUCCUGCCACUCCCUCGUCAGCUGAUUUGAACGGAGCCGCGGCAACGUUUCCGGAGGUGAUGGAGGAAACGUCCGAGUGGGUCACGGCCAUCGGAGAGGACUCUGUGGCGUUCUGGCGUGCGGUGAAGGAGGCUGGACUGCUGGAUGAGGUGGUGGAGGACUUCCAGAAGGAGCUGCAGGAGGUGCUGAAGGGGUUGCAGGAGAGAGUGUGUGACCCACCCCUUCAGGUUAAAGACGCUGUUUUGCUCAACAACAUAGUGCAGAACUUUGGGAUGUUGGACCUGGUGAAGAAGGUGCUGGCCAGCCACAAGAGCCAGAUGGACCGGUACAGAGAGCAGUACACUCGCAGCCUCGCCGCUCUGGAGCAGCAGUGUGACGAGCACAGGAAGCGAGCCAAGGAGCUGAAGAGCAAAUCCCAGCACCUCAACAACGUCCUGAUGACCCUCACCCCGGUCCCUGCACCCCCGGCGCCCAAGCGCCCGCGGCUGACCCGCGCCGUCUCCGGCCCGGCCUCGGUCAACGCCGCCCCCCCCACCACCCAGAUCACCCUGCCCCUCAACCAGCUGUCCGGCCUGCCGCUGGGCAAGGUGCUGACGGUGGCCGGAGCCCCGCCCGGCGCCAACCACCUGGGCAGCUACACCUUCCUGACCUCCUCCUCGCUCUCCGGGUCCGAGCUGGCGUCCGACGGCGCCAACCACCUGACCGUGCUGUCCGCGGCGCCGGCGGGCCAGGAGGGCGCGGCCGGCGGCGGCUCGCCGACCCCCGCCUUCGUCAAAGUGGUCGGCUCCCAGUUCCAGCUGGUGACGCUGCCGGCCGGGCUGCAGAGCCUGGCCGUGGCGCAGUGUGCCGUCCAGCAGCAGGUCGGCGGCGUCGGCGACGCCACGGCAACCGCUGCAGACGACCCUCAAGGGGACGGCCGGGCGGACGCCGACGGCGAGGACGCCAGUCGGACGGAGCCGGCUGCAGAGGGAGACGGGGACCAGGACCAGCUGGAGCAGCAGCAGUGAGGCAAACACCAGCUGUUCUCUGGCCCGGUCUUGAACGUGCGGUCCCCUCUGAGGGCUGAAGGUUGGUCCACCUUUUGACUUUUUAGGGCAUUGUCACACCUGUCGUCCAUUUGCUCUGGUUCGAAUCAGUUGGUGAGUUUGUAAACUCGGAGCGUUUUCCGUCUCUCCAGGCAGGUGAAAAUGUGUCACCUCAAGCCUCAAUGUUCACUCGCUGAUUGGUCGGAUGGGUCUGUGGAGGCGGGAGCAAGAAAGUAAAUACAGGAAGAAGGUCCUGUGGUUUUGGACUAGAGCUGCGCCAUAUGAGGAAAAUAUGCGAUAUAUAUACACGACAACGUUGUUGAAUAUCGCGAUACCGAUAUUACUUGCGAUAAAUAAAAAGCGACAUUUCCAUUUUUAAGUCUAGUUUUAUAUUGAUGUUUUCUUUCUACCUGCACAAAAAAAUGUCUGUCUUCUCCAAUAUGUCGCAGCAUUUCACCCCGUGUUUCUUGAGCCAGUUGAUUUUGAGAUGGUGAUUUAAAAAAAACAACAACAACGGACUAGUGCAUAUUUCUCCAUAUAUCUCUCCGUGUAUUCAUUCAAAUCAUUUUUUCAGCCAUUGUUCUGUGACAGAAACAUUAAAACAGUUUGCAGCUCUGCAAAGCACAGCCAUACAAGAGACAGUUUGCUCAGACUUGUG